AUGCAUAGUCGGGACGACGUCAAUACUGGGAUUGCUCUUCGUGAUCUAACCCGAGAUUGCGACAAUGAACAUGGCCAAAGUGGGAGAAUAAGGAAGCAGGAAGAGUUCGGACUCGAUCUGGACGUUUUUAUCCCAACAGCCCCAGUUUGGAGAGAGUGUCUCCUCUUCGCCUCAGGCCUUCAUACAGUGCAGCUUUACGCUUUUCGCGGUUAUUUAAGAGUCAAGCAGUUCUAG